AUGAAAUGGCUAUCGAUAUCGAUUAUUCUUCUCAUACUCGUCCAAGUGUCCGGCCCUGCUAAGAUGAAUCCAUUCAAUUUUCGAAAGAAAAUGCUGGAUCAAUUCAAUGGUGCUCGGCGUAUUCUGGCUUCUGGGGACGUUUCCAAGCUUGCAGAGGUCCUGGCGUUGAUUCCCCAUUUGAAGAAACUCUUUAAAGAGGACGUUUUUGGGCCAGCGGCGGAUAUGUACAAAAUGGUUUGGAAUCGACAACUAGAACAAGCUGCUUGGGAAUACAUGAAAGAAGGUGGACCGGAUUUGAAAAAAUUUGGUGGAACUCUUCAUCACAAAGAUUAUAUCGGUUUUCAUUGGAUGGGAGAUAUUUGGAAAUUGGUCGAACUUGCAUUCAGUGGAGUACCGAUACAAGCGAUCAAAGAAAAACUGCAAUACUGGCUAGAAUUGAUUGAGAAGGUGGUAAUUCUACUUUGGAUGGGAUUAUCUAUUCCACUGACGUACCCAAUAGAGAAAGGAAAAGAACUUCCAUAUCAAACCCGAAUGUUCACACCAGGAGCAGCCUGCUCGAAAUGUGAAACAAGCUGUGAACUUAUAAAAAACGAAGAAGGAGUAGAUGAAAUCGGAGAGUUGUGUGUUCCCCCAACAGGGUUUUAUGCUCAACAGCAAGAAGAAAUGAAAGCAUUGGAAACCAGUUUCUCUUCUAGCGCUCCCAUAAUUUUGGUGAUUGUGCUUGUCAUUUUAUUUGUUCUUCGUAGGCAAUAG